CGCACUUCCGGCCGGUAGGGGGGACGUGUCCCUGGCGCCAUGGCGGAGGCGCAGAACGGCAGCGCGGGGCCUCAGGCCGUGCCCGCCGCCAGCGCCCGGCCCCCCGCCACCCCCGAGGGCAUCGCCCUGGCUUACGGCAGCCUCGUCCUCAUGGCGCUGCUGCCCAUCUUCUUCGGGGCUCUACGCUCCGUCAGCUGCGCCAAGAGCAAGAACUCCUCGGAGAUGCCAGAGACCAUUACCAGCCGAGAUGCUGCUCGUUUUCCCAUCGUUGCCAGUUGCACCCUUCUGGGCCUCUACCUCUUCUUUAAAAUAUUCUCUCAAGAGUAUAUCAAUCUUCUGCUUUCUAUGUAUUUCUUUGUGCUGGGGAUCCUCGCCCUGUCCCACACCAUCAGCCCCAUGAUGAACAGAUUCUUCCCUGCAAAUUUCCCCAACAAACAAUACCAGCUCCUCUUCACCCAGGGCUCCGGGGAGAGCAAGGAAGAAAUAGUGAAUUACGAGUUUGAUACCAAGGAUCUUGUAUGCCUGGCCCUGAGCAGUGUUGUCGGGGUCUGGUACCUGCUGAGGAAGCACUGGAUUGCCAACAAUCUCUUUGGGCUGGCGUUUUCCCUCAAUGGAGUGGAGCUGCUGCACUUGAACAACGUCAGCACUGGCUGCAUCUUGCUUGGGGGCCUCUUCAUCUACGAUGUCUUCUGGGUUUUCGGUACCAAUGUGAUGGUGACAGUUGCCAAAUCGUUUGAGGCCCCAAUAAAACUGGUUUUCCCUCAGGACCUGCUGGAGAAGGGCCUGGAGGCUGACAACUUUGCCAUGCUGGGGCUGGGAGACAUUGUCAUUCCAGGGAUCUUCAUCGCCUUGCUGCUGCGCUUUGACAUCAGCUUAAAGAAGAACACGCACACGUAUUUCUACACCAGCUUUGUGGCCUACAUCUUUGGGCUGGGCCUGACCAUAUUCAUCAUGCACAUCUUCAAGCAUGCUCAGCCUGCUCUUCUGUACCUGGUCCCCGCGUGCAUCGGAUUCCCGCUUCUUGUGGCCUUGGCAAAAGGAGAAGUAACUGAAAUGUUCAGCUAUGAAUCCUCUGCUGAAAUCUUGCCACACACACCAAGGCUUACCCACUUUCCCACCGUGUCCGGCUCGCCAGCCAGCCUUGCUGAUUCCAUGCAGCAGAAUCUGUCCUGUCCCCGCCGACGCCGGCAGCAAAGCCCCAGUGCCAUGUAGCAAUUGCACGUGGUGCCCUUUCUUUGUCUGUCGCUCUGGCCAGCUAUGAGGAGAGCUGUACCCCCAAGGAGGUGCCGAGGGCCUCCAAAGAGGAGAUGACAGAAGCUGACAAGAAAGAGAAGUGACCUUGCCCAUGGGACCAACCCUGGCGCUGCCAGGUUGGGGCCCUUCCAGACCCUUUGCAAGUGACAGACGAAGCAGUUGUGCCAGAGCAUCGUGUUGUGUGUGUUGGAGCAGCCCGCCCAGGUGGGGUAUUGAUGUACACCACAUAUCCACCCCUCCUGCUGCCCCCCGGGGCCGCGCAGCCACGCUCCCCUUUGCUUUGUCUCCUCCGUGAGUGCAGAGCAGGCAGGGGACAAAACACAGGCCGGUUUUUAAAUUUUGUAUUGUGCAUUUGCUUUCUCUCAUAUUAAACCAUCUCAAAGGAAGGA